UGACGUUCGGCUCGUGUUCGGCUCUUGUAAACAAGGUCAAGUGUUCGCUGCGGUCUUCAUUCUCCACUUGACUCGCUAGACACUUUCUGACACUUUCUCCUGCGAAGGAUCCAUCCAGCGACACAGCACACCUCCUGCAGGAUUUCUGUGAGCUCCAGCCAUGAUGAUGCAGUGUCUUCAGUUUCUGGUCGAACCAACCAAGAACAUUGCCGAGAAGUUUAAGGAUUUUCGUAAGAAGGCAAAGAAUGAAAAGAGAGAACCGCUGGACGAGAGCCAGCAGUUCAUUGUGGACCUCGCCAAGGAUCUGGGACGCGUCUGUCAGAGGUCGGAGGUUUUGGGGCACGUCUCAAAUAGUGAGGAUGUUUGGCCGACUCUCUCCUGCAGGGCCUUCAUUCUGGAGUGGGCAUCUCUGCUAGAGAGCAAGAAAAGACCAAUGCAGACGGACGGCUGGCCAGAGAGCAGCGACUGGAAGGAUCAGGACAUAGAGAAUGCCAAGAGACUCAUCCUCACCUGGACCAAAGACCUGAGGGCCCAACCUGAGCAAAGUGUCUGGCCUGGAGAGCAGGUGGUGGCGGUUUUGGAUGACUUUGAGACGCACUGGAAAAGAGGACGGAUGUCCACCCUGCAGUCGGCCGUGGAGCUGGUGUUCUGGACACUCAUCAACAAAGAACUAGACAAGGAAAACAUUCCCCAAAAGUGGCUCAUGUGGAAACAGAGGAGCCAGAAAAUAGGUGCCACCCCAUAUAUUCCUCACAUUGUGUGGGACUGGAUCUGUGAUGCAGGAGUGGAGGUGACCCUUGACCUGGACACGGCCAAUCCCGACCUGCUGAUCUCCGAGGAUGAGAGGCGCAUGCGCUGUGGUUUCAAGCGCAAAGACGUGCCCAACUAUCACCAGCGCUUCGACGGUUGGUGGUGCGCGGUCGGGUCCGAAGGCUUCGCCUCUGGCCGCCAGUACUGGGAGGUGGAUGUUGGAGAAAUGGACUGGCGUAUCGGCGUGGCGAAAGAGUCAGCUUUGCGUAAGGGCUUCAAGUCCCUGAACACCGACACGGGAUACCUGAGCCUUCGGCUGGAGCGUGGCACAGAGCUGAAGGCCCUCACCGUGCCCUUCACUGGCCUGCCGGCAUCCUUAAUUCCUCGAAAGGUCGGAGUCUACCUUGACUUCGGCCUGGGCCAGCUGUCCUUCUAUGACGUGGAGAAGCGCUCGCACAUCUACACCUACAACGAGACAUUCGACGAGAAGCUCUUCCCGCUCUUCGGAACGGUGGAGAUCGGGAAGGACCUGGUGGUCAAGUCUCCGGGGAACAGGGGCCAAUGCCUGUGUCCCGGGAUGUGCCUGUGGGGUUGAGGUCCCAUCGACUCCAACCAAAGCCCAGUGCUUAAUCUCUAGAGCAGUGGUUCUCAACCGGUCGCAGCCUGAAAAAUGUUACGUUCAGCAAGAUAGCAGGGGGAAACAUGCAAGAAAGUGCAACAAAUACAUUUUUAUGAAGUAUUCUUUGGGCUUCCCACUAGCGGAAGAAAGCUGUUUUCUGCGAAUGAGUCGUCUGAUUCAUUAGUCGCUAUUGGUUAAUGACUAGAAAACAAGGUAAAAACUAUUUGCGCUAUAAACCGUGAGUUUAGUAUUAGGAUAAUACAUUAAGAAAGUACAAUGUGAAGGAGCAUAACUGGAAGCGGACGAGACUGGAAGCCUUGCACAUUCCAGCCUCUUUACGUUGAAAAAAAGAGGGUUAGGGAGGCAACGUAAGUGGGAUUGUCAACUUAUAAAGGGGCUUUAUGUAAGAAUUUUCAUGUAUUGUUUGCUUUUUAUUGCCAAUGUGUGACCAGCAUGUCACAAAACAGAUCUUCCCCGACUUCCUAGCCUGUAUAGACUGAAUUCAUGCGAAGGACUCGGAUCGUUUUUCCCGUUAAAAUCCAAAAGAUGUGACGUUUUUGCACGCUUCCCGAAAGUAUAUGAUGCUUAUGUUCAGGAAAAUGCCGAAAGAGACGUUCUGUACUGUAAUGAUUCUAAUUCAAACUAUAGUCUCACAUAGCCUAAUAAUCAAACUAUCAUAAUAGUGUGAUUUUAAUGACCUCAUCUGUCGAAGGCUUUCACAGUAACGUGGACGGCGUCGGGAUGUUCGUUAACUGCACUGCAAAGCUGUUUACAACUUGUACUUCUAAGCGUAGAACGAAAAAAAAAACCCGUCGCUACUGUAUGAUCGGGACCUUGAAUCACAUUCAGUCUCCUGUCCGUUACGUGUUCACGAGUGCGAGGAAAGCAAUAAGAUCCUGACUGCAGUUCCCUUAACGGCCACCGGUGUCGCUAAAAACAAGGGUUUCUGCAUAAAGCCCCUUUAAAAAGGGAACACAACACUAGUGGUAUUUUGGCGCAAAUACGUUCGUCACUUGGUCGACAGACAUCCCCUCAUUCUCGGAAACCAUGAACAAAAUAAAGCUACGUCAAAUAAAAUGUGACGCAGACUACAUUAAAUCCAGGUUAACCCACUUUUAAUUGUUUCACAUUCAGUCUCCUGUCCGUUACGUGUUCACGAGUGCGAGCACAAGCAAUAAGAUGCUGGCUGCAGUUCCCUUAACGGCCACUGGUGUCGCUAAAACAAGGGUUUCUGCAUAAAGCCCCUUUAAAAAGGGAACACAACACUAGUGGUAUUUUGGCGCAAAUACAUUCGUCACUUGGUCGACAGACAUCCCUUCAUUCUCGGAAACCAUGAACAAAAUAAAGCUACGUCAAAUAAAAUGUGACGCAGACUACAUUAAAUCCAGGUUAACCCACUUUUAAUUGCUUCACAUUCAGUCUCCUGUCCGUUACGUGUUCACGAGUGCGAGGAAAGCAAUAAGAUCCUGACUGCAGUUCCCUUAACGGCCACCGGUGUCGCUAAAAACAAGGGUUUCUGCAUAAAGCCCCUUUAAAAAGGGAACACAACACUAGUGGUAUUUUGGCGCAAAUACAUUCGUCACUUGGUCGACAGACAUCCCCUCAUUCUCGGAAACCAUGAACAAAAUAAAGCUACGUCAAAUAAAAUGUGACGCAGACUACAUUAAGUCCAGGUUAACCCACUUUUAAUUGUUUCACAUUCAGUCUCCUGUCCGUUACGUGUUCACGAGUGUGAGGAAAGCAAUAAGAUGCUGGCUGCAGUUCCCUUAACGGCCACCGGUGUCGCUAAAAACAAGGGUUUCUGCAUAAAGCCCCUUUAAAAAGGGAACACAACACUAGAGGUAUCUUGGCGCAAAUAUGUUCGUCACAUCCCCUCAUUCUCGGAAACCAUGAACAAAAUAAAGCUUCGCCAAAUAAAAUAUGACGCAGACUACAUUAAACCUAGGUUAACCUACUUUUAAUGGUUUGUGACAACCACAGUGUGGCUGGUGAUAUAAGAAGACAUAAGAAACCCUUCAAGCUUUGAAGAGAAUUGUGUUCUUCAUACAUGUUAAUCGUUUUGUGUAUUGUUGAGCGUAUGCAGUUCAUAGCAAGAUUAAUAAAUGUCGAGUGUUUGAUGCUAAGGACUAUUUUUUUUUUACAAUAAACACACACUGUGUUGGGUCGUUUGAUGUAAAAAAAGAUAUAGUCCUGAUUCCUGAAGCAAAACCAGUUGAGAACCAGUAUUCUAGACCUCAUUAGCUUUAGAUAAACCACUGGGCUAUAUUAGAUGGUCAGUCCUUAUGACCGACAGCGAUCCAAGACCAAUAAUGUCAUCAAGGUAGUGCGAUGUCUUUCAGCUGCUGCUUCUGUGUCUGAACCUUAUAAUAGUGUUCACCUGCCCUGUCUGCACUUUCUCAUUCAUAUGACUAUCUCAAAUCAUGAAAAAUGCACUUUAUGUGAAUAAUAAAAAGAAAUACCUU